AUGGAUCCCCAUCCACGGGCGCACGUUCCUCUACUGGUUCGGAGCCAGGCCGAGCCUGUGCGUCGCCGACGUGAACACGGUGAAGCAGGUGCUCUCCGACCGCAGCGGGCUGUACCCCAAGAGCAUCGGGAACCCGCACAUCGCCCGCCUGCUCGGCAAGGGGCUCGUGCUCACCGACGGCGACGACUGGAAGCGCCACCGCAAGGUCGUCCACCCGGCCUUCAACAUGGACAAGCUCAAGAUGAUGACGGUGACCAUGUCCGACUGUGCCGGGUCAAUGAUGUCGGAGUGGAAGGCAAAGAUGGACAAGGGCGGCAGCGUGGAGAUUGA